GAUCCAAAAGACUCGAGUGUCCAUACACAAACGAUAGAAAGACUGGAGGGACCAAGAGUCCUGGCAUGCGAGCUGACUAUCUCCAUCAGUAUUUUUCUCGCUACCUAUUAAUUCGUGAAUACAAGGAAAAUGCCCUCCACAUUUUUUUUUUCUUGAAGCUGCCCGGCUGUAUCCGCCCCAGAGUGAAAAGAGGAGGGAGUUAACCCCCGCCCAAGACCCGUUUAAUGAGGCGGACACCUCUUGACUCGAGCGACUCAGAGUAAGUUUGCUCAGGAAUAUUUAAUCAUGGCUGAGGAACCAAAAGGCUUGACGAAUGAGGAGGCUGCUGCAUGCUGCGCAGAGCCACAUGAAUCCACAAAGGAUUUCAUUAUGCAGCAAACAAUGUUUCGAAUUAAAGACCCAAAGCAAUCAUUAGACUUCUACAGCCGCAUCAUGGGAAUGCGCUUGUUGAAAAAAUUAGAUUUUCCCUCUAUGAAGUUCUCGCUUUACUUUGUUGGUUAUGAACCUGCGGAAGAUAUACCUUCUGACGAAACAGAACGCACUUCGUGGUGCUUCUCAAGAAAGGCUACAGUAGAGCUUACACACAACUGGGGAACAGAAUCUGAUCCAAACUUCACAGGAUAUCACAAUGGAAAUUCUGAGCCAAAAGGCUUUGGCCACAUUGGAGUUAUGGUUCCUGAUGUAGAUAAGGCAUGUGAAAGAUUCGAGUCCCUUGGGGUCAAGUUUGUGAAAAAGCCAAAUGAUGGAAAGAUGAAAGGACUUGCAUUCAUUCAAGACCCAGAUGGAUACUGGAUUGAAAUUUUCAAUUCUGGAACCAUUGCAACAUUGGUAUAAUUCCUUAAAAACGGGUUUAUGUAAGGUUUUGGCUUCCAAAUUUACUUAUAUUGUUUUAUUUAUGUAAUGUUUAUCUUAUGCUUCAAUAACCAUUGAUAUUUUAUGUAAUGGGUGAUGUGUCCAUAAAAUUGGGCACCCCACCCCCCCAAUCUAAAUGACCUUAAAUACAUGUUUACUACUGCCAAAA